ACCUGCUAAACUACAGCGACACAUUAACAUGAAAAACCUACAAAAACUGAGCAUUAAGAGGAGAUUUGUUAUAGACGUGGAGCAAUAACAGAGACAAGUUUGACUGACAGCGGUUUGGCAAUGGAGGAGUCUGUAAUCCAGCAGCACCUCACACACUAUAAACAGGCCACUGAGACGGCCCGUGAGGAGCUGGCCGUCCUGCAGACCAAAUACAACAAACUCCAAUCACAGCUCUUGGAAAGCCAAUCCAAAGUCGCAUCUCAGGAAGAGACUCUGAAAAACUUAAGGGAUGCUGUAGAUCGACAUAAAGAGAAAGAGGCGAGACAGGAGUCUCUCAUCAGCUCGCUCAGAGAACGCAGCUACAACACAGAGCAGGAGAUGCUGUCCAUCACCUCCUCCAAAAGCUUCAUGGACAUGAGAGUACAGACACUUACAAAAGAGAAUGAGGAGAUCAAGCGGAAAAUCAUGGAGCUUGAUAUCAAAUCAAAACAGUAUUUUGCAGAAUGCAACAAUGCAAAACAGGAAGCUGCUGAGACCCAUAGAAGAUCUGAUGAGUUUAUAUCAGCAGUAGCAAACAAAGUGUCUGUAAAUGUGGCAGGAAAGGCGGAUCCUUUGGAUUAUAUCAUAUCCACGUUGGACGGCUGCUUCAAGGAGAGAGACCGACUGAAGAACUGCAUUUGUGCUUUAGAGGAGAGCGUGAAGUUGUACGAGGUGGAGUGUAAAGCCAGCAGAGAAACAGUCAAGAGACUGGUAUCUGAUGUAGAACGAGAACAGUCGCUCUCAGCCUCCAGAGUGAAUGAGCUGAACUCUACCAGACAGGAAUUGGAUGUAAUCUCCCUGAAGAAACUAAGUUUGGAGAGGGAGAACCAGCGGCUGAAAACCUCCCUGCAGGAGUCUGAACUGGCGCUGGCGUCCGCACAGCAGAGCUGUCGCCACUAUGAGAGUCUCUCUCAAGAUCUGCAAAAUAAACUCCACAGCUGCCAGAAGGAAGCUCAGGCAUCUCACAGCCAGCACCAGGCCUUCAUGAAGAAUGUGGAAGCUCUGCUGGAGGAUGAGUCUCGUCCUCUUCAACACACACAAAGUGACCUACUGAAGGCACUUACGGCCCUGUGCAGCAGGGAGAAAAGUGCGCAGAAGUCUCAGCUGGAGACAGAGGGCAGGCUGGCGGAGGUGGAAGAGCAGUUGUCUAGACACAAAGAGAAUCAGAGCAGCUCAGAACGGAGAGAACAGGAGCUGCUGGACAGAAUCAAGAGUCUGGAGGACGAGCUGCUGACGGCUGGAGUCUGGAAAGAUGGAAUGAACCAGGACAAACAGCAUUACCUGCGGUUUGUGGAGCAGCUCUCAGAGAAGCUGAAAGUGGAUCGUGUUGCUGCAGAUCUGGGAUUUGAUAUGAGACUCGAGGCCAUUCUUACACGAGCUGAACAGCUGAGCAGACAGGAAGGGACAGCUUUACUGGAGACCAAGACACAAAUCUACAGCCUUCAGAGAAAGCUUAAAGAACAUAAGGAGCGUUCAGAAAGUAAAGAGCUUCACCUGGAGCUGCUGAGGAGGAAGAUGGUCCAGCUGGAGGAGGAGAAGAGGAGCCGCUCAGCUCUGGCGGUGGAGAAAGAUGAUGCUACUGUGGCCUGUAAGAAGCUCCAGAAGCGUGUGGAUCGUCUGCAGGCGGAGCUGAGCACCUUACGCUUCUCCAACACCGAGCUGAAAGCCCAGCUGUCCCACACCAAUGAGCUCAAGAUCAAAGUGAUGGAACAAAACCAAACCAUAGAGGAGCAGAAUAAGAACCUGGGAAAGCUUGAGAAGAACAAGGUAAAGACUGAGAAGAAAAUGACCACCAUCAAGUCAGAGAUGAUAAACCAGGAACUCCGAGCCAGAGAUGAGAUUCAACAAGCCCAGAGACUGCUGGACACUCAGUCUAGUGCUAUAGCAGAUCUCACUCUCACCGAGAAACAGUUACUGGACUUCUACACGGUGGUGAGUCAGAUGUUAGGUGUUGACUGCACAGGUUGCGUCCCAAACUAUGAAGUUCUCAGAAGGCUGGAGGUUCUGCUUCAGUCACGUCACUGUCCUGCUCAUCUACACCAGCAUCACACUCCUCACAUCUGGGAAGCUCCAGUUUCCUCCAUAAACGUCGCUCAUUCUCACGAGUUCCAACCCCAGGCUCUGCCAGCUCCCCCCGGAACAACCUCGGACAGCCCAGCGCCCCCCGUGAAUAAUAAUAACAUUUAAGCAACUCAAAGUAGUUUUUUGCCCUUGAAAUACAAUGGAUGGAUGGCUUUACAGCGGCAACAAACGCACGUGUGUAUCUACCCACUGUAAUUACAACAGACAGUCGAUUACACUUAACUGUAGGGGCUCCAGUUACAAAAAAAGACAAAAGGACAUACAAUUGCUUUAAUGUUCAUCCCGUUCCCAGCUGAAGAGCCUGGAUAGUCUGUGGCUUGGAUGCUGCUGGUUUCUCCACCAGGCUUCUUAACUAGCUCAACCAGCACAAUUACACUGGUCAAACAACAAGAAUUGUUAAAUGGUUGUUGUUUUUUUAUAAACCAGGAUUGAUUGUGCUUUCUGUAACGGCACCAUUCUGAAAGAAAGAAAAAGCACCUACUAUUGAUAGUAAUUAAAAAGCAACCAUGUAUUGUGACAAAAUAAACACAUUUUAUGCAUGCAUCAUAUUAAUGGCAAGUAUUUCAUUAAAUAUUUAGAGAUGUUUACCAUGAUUGCUGCGAUAAAUGAGACUCCACAAAUUUGAAUCAGGGUUAAUGGAAGUAUGCAAUGAUUUGAUGCAUUUACCCAGAUGUUGUUUCUGAAUAUUCUAAGAACUUUCAAACCAUCCAGUUAAUGUUUUCAAAUUUUAAAC